AUGAGCAACGUGCAAGAACAGGUGAGACACGUCUUUCAAAUGUCGCCGUCAGGCUCCGUUCAUGUUGGCUGGCACAAGGAAGCCAAAGCUUCCGGAUAUGCAGAUCGCACGAGUCGAAGCGUGAAUCGACCGCUUAAGCGUCUCACCGGUGCGGUUUUGACUUGGUCGAGGAGCUUCGUCUAUACUAUACGCAUAUGCCGUGACGAGUCUCGACGCCUUGCACCGGGUGCGUGUUGCGGCCCUCUCCUUCCCUCAUGCCAGCCGUUCCGACUUCCAAUGCAGGGGUACGACAGCGGACGAGAUCCGCUUGAAAAUGACAGCCGCGACGACAGGGCGGUGAUGGAGCCAUCAUCCGGCACAUAG